AUGAUUCCCCAGUGGAGCGAGGCUCUUCUUCUCGCCGGGGCCUUCUUUACAGCGGCCGCAGCAAAGGCUAAGGCCUCCCCCUUGCCCUUCACCAUAGAUGGUAACUACGGUCUCUCUCUCUCUCUCUCUAGUUCUGUCUGUCUGUCUCUCUCUCUCUCUGAUCGAAGUUCAUUCUCCAAUGCAGUGAAGACGAUCGACCAAGGGGUGGCUUACGGCCUCAUGAUCGUGGGAUUGCUCGUCACGUAUCUCAUGCAUUGA